CAAAUGCUGAUUCAUUGCGUAGCGAACAACCCAGCGCGAGAGUAAUCUCGGUGUGUGCCAGUGGCUUGCAAGUGUUUUUACUUUGGAAACGACACGAAACGACAUUUAAAUCCCGUGUGUUCUGUGAAGUGUGUUUGCCAAAGAUAGCAUACCUUCGUUUGUUUGCAUUAAAGAAAGGGUUGCGAUUGGCGCCAUCAUUUCACAACCUUGCCCAACGACGCGACUGUGCGCUCGAUAGUUGGCGACUUCUAUCAACUAACUGUGGGUGGUGAAAGUAGGCUUUCACGAUUCGCAGAGAAGACAGCACGCGUGAGUGCGAACUGGCAUCCUCGUCCGGUCGUCGUUUGAAGCAUAACAUGGUUCUGAAGGCAUCCGACGAUUUAAAGGUGGUGGAGGCGAACGGAUUCCACACGGUUGGGAUCGGCUCGAGUGUACGAAAAGCGCUGCUGACCGCUCUGGAGGACAAGCGGCUUGUGGUUGGACUGGCUAGCGCUAUUCGAAGCUUGUCUGCUCAUCCGGAACAGUACAACUUUUGCUUUUUGGCCCCCAGUUCCGAGAGCGGCAGUCACAUGCAAGAGGUGCUGAUGGAAGCUUUUUGCCUCGAGCACGACAUUUACAUUGUUCGGGUCGAUAGUGCGGACAAAUUGAGUCGCCUGGUGCAAUCGCCGGUCAUCGCUUCGUGUGCAUUGGUACGAAAACUGCCGGGGAAAACGGCGAGACGAAUGAAUAAUGCUUUCCGCCGGUCAGAAAGCAUCUUGAUCGAGCACUGUGAACUUUACUGGGAUGAGCCACACAAACCCGUUAUCAAAUUACCGGAAAAGUGAGCGAAUGACGAUCCCGGCUAACUGAACGAGAGACGAAGCAUCAUUUUAAGCAGGCGCAACGCAACAAGUAGUCGCCUCCUGCAUUUGUAAAAUGAGGAAUAUUCUCCACUCACAUACCUAGGCUAGAACUAGGCCAUAUCCAGGGCCAUAAGUUUGAAAUCCUUUAUCAGGUAACGCGUCACUUGCCCUGACGAUACGGUAGCAUAAGCUAAGGAUUGAUAAGAAUAGCUAAGGAUACCUACGGAGCUGGAGUUGCUCAACUACGACCGUGUAUGGUUCACGGAACGAGUUUGCAUCCGAUCCACCAGUUGUUGAACAAUGCGGAAAUCAGUUUGUUCAUAUUUACGAAGUUACUUACGUUGAAAAUAAAGCAAUUGGGUUUCACCGAUA